AUGACGACGAAUGAGAGUCUCAACGCAUACGCAGAGAUUCACAAGUACCCAACUAGAAAACAACUGAACGGUAACGAAUAUGAAGAUGCACCUGAUACAGUUCUAUCUACCCAAUCUUCUAGCUCCUCGAUUUCAACUCAAAGAUCGUCGCCAUCGACAGCGCUCAAGGACAGAGUAUUGUGUAGAUUAGCCUGGUCUAAGCGCGAGGAUCUUCCGGAUUUAUUUGACGAGCGUGCAUCCGUCAAAUUCACCCUCGAUAGGUGCUACAAGUGGGAGGAAUCUAUCGCAAUCUACCGUGAAAACCAGGUUGUAGACAUCUACAGCAACCAUUCAAUCCCAUUUCGUAGAAGCAAAGAUGUGAAAUACAGCUUAGAUAUGCUCUCCGAUGAUACAACUAUUAGUUUGUACUCAGCCACGGAUUUCACCCUAUGUAUGCGUUCACCUCCACCAAAACAUCACAUACCCCGACGGGUGGCCGGUACAAACUUAGUCUUCCUCAAGUUUAAGACUACAUCUAUUGCCAAGACUUGGUUGUGGACACUCUGGACAAUCAAAAACGCAAAACGUCUACCGAAAGAACUCGAUGUGAAACUACCAAACUUAGGAGCUCACAUGCGUUUUCCACUUGAAGGUAAAGUUACUGCUCAAGAAAUUGUGCGGAAAUGUCGCACUUAUAUCACUAAAAUCGACAUUCGAGGUAUCACACCGGAGAAAUCUUCUCAGACUAAACUAGCACUCUGUUGGCGCAGGGGUAAGUUUGGAUUAGAAUGGCUCAGCGAACGAGCAACAUCUGAAGAAUUACUCGUCGGAUGCUGUAUGAUGCAAACUCAACAGUUUCCACGUCUCGAAGUACGAAGAAUGGCUUUUGAGAAUGCCAGUAUUAGAUACGAUAUCAAUAAUACAAUAUACCCACCUAAACCCGUUGAAGGUCAUCUUAGUAGAAUAACAUUAAUAUCUCAAAAAAGGGUCAAAACUUACUUGAGUACCCACGAAUCAUUAAUAUUCCUAUUGAAAUCUUCAACAGCUGCUUUAAAACCUUCACACGAUAGUGAGAAUGAUAAGCUACGCUGUUGUAAACAAAUUAGAGAAGCUGUUGGAUUUAUUGACAUGCGUCACAUAGUUUCAAUUAGAAGAGUAUACGAUCAUAAAUUAGAACAUAAAGAUAAAUAUCCUGCAUAUUUAGAUGACACGCUGUUCAAUGGCAACGUUCAUCCAGACCGUGAUAAUAAAUUAGAAGGUGAUACGGGUGGUGAAGAGAUUUUUGCUUCUUUAUCUCAAUCUGAAAAGCAUGAGUUGCACCAUAGGAGACAAUUUGAGUUGGAGUUAAUUUCUGGUCAUUUUGCUAAGUUUGAGGCACCUUCAGUUGCGCUAUGUUUCGAAUGGAUAAGAAGUUUAGGAGAGCUUUGUUUAUAUUGGAACAAGCGAACUAGGAAAGAUGCACGUCUGUUGAUGGAGAUAUCGAAUUGCGGAUUAGGCGCACCAAAUACAGCUAAUGCACUAAAUCAGACAGUCUUACCAACGACAAAUGACGAGGACGAAACACCAAGAGUUGAAGAUCCAGAUGCAGGUGGUCCGUUAUUGUCUCACUUGUGGAAUUGGACAGUACUAAAUAACGUAAAGCCAAUCAUGAAAAUAGGUAAAUGCUUCAUGAGAAAGUCUUUUAGAGGUACUUGGAGCGAAUAUAUACUUAUCUUAACGGCUGAUGGGAUGUUACAUCGUUGGAAUAUCGCGCCUCUCAAUCCAGCAAAAAAGAGUAAAAAGGCCAAUGAAAUAUUGAAUAGAAAGAAGUCGACAAUAUCCUUGCAUCAUACUUUUGUUUUGACAUCAGAUGAUAUGAUUCUAGUGAACUCAAACCAAGAUGAAGGAACUGAACCUUCAAGAGGAUAUAGAACGACCUCGAAAAGAGCCGCUAAGGCUCCUGAUAGACUCUACGAUGAUGGCUAUAUCGCAUGUGAAUCCGAGCCUUCUGAAUUGGCAUUCAUACUCUGGUGUAGAUCAAAAUCAAAAAAGUCAGUAGAAAGUUUAGACAAAAAAGCCGAAAAGUUCGAAAUCAGAACAAGAUCAAGAUUAGAAAGAGAUCAUUGGUGUUGGUGUUUAGAAGUAAUAAUCGACAAAGUUUCCGAACAAAAUAAUGAUUUAUUAAGAAAUGUAUCGGGUAUUUCCUAA